AUGGCUGCGGACUUUUGGGCUGGCUACCUGAGCGGGGCCAUUGGCAUAAUCAUUGGCAAUCCCUUGGAUAUGAUCAAGGUCCGCCUUCAGGCUUCCAACAUCAAUGCGGCUAAUGUGACAACCGCAUCGGGGCUUAGGGGCCAGUUUGAGAGCGCGGGUUCGCUUGUCAGAGGCGCAACAGCCCCCAUCCUUGGAUAUGGAGCUCUCAAUGCCCUUCUCUUUGUCGCCUAUAACCGUACUUUGCUGUAUUUAUCCCCGUCAACAGUUGACCCUACAAAUCCUAUAGGCGUCCCAUUAACGCAAAUAUGGCUGGCGGGGGCAGUCGGAGGACUUGCAAGUUGGACUAUAUCAUCUCCGACCGAGCUCGUCAAAUGCCGUGUGCAGCUUAACACCCACGAGCCUGUUUCCUCUUGGGCUAUUGCAAAGGAUAUAUUGCGAGCUCGGGGUUUAAAAGGGUUUUAUUUUGGCGGUCUAGUUACAAGCAUCCGUGACUCCGUAGGAUACGGCUUCUAUUUCUGGUCUUAUGAACUAAGUAAACGCUUCAUGGAUUCUAGAAAUGCUAGCCCCCAACAAGAAGCCGCUAAAAUUCUAUUAUGUGGUGGAAUCGCAGGAGUCGUGACUUGGGCAUCCGUGUUUCCGCUAGACGUGAUCAAAACACGACUCCAAGCACAACCGUUUCCGGAUUCCAGUCUACGUCCGGAGAGGGGGCCACUGUUGGCAAGUACUACCCGCAGUCAAACGGCAGCAACUGGCCGACUACUGAAUUCGAUGGAGGUCGUGAAGCAGGCAUAUCGCUCUGAAGGAUUAAGCAUAUUUUAUCGUGGGCUUGGAGUGUGUAGUCUUCGAGCGUUUAUUGUGAAUGCGGUACAGUGGGCAACCUACGAAUGGGUUAUUAGGCUAUUGGAGCAACCGCGUGACCUGCCUCGAAUCAUAGAAAAAAUCUAA